GAGAUGGCUCUAUCUGCAGAGGAAGUUAAUUAUCUCGUUUACCGGUACCUGCAAGAAUCAGGGCAUUUGCACUCCGCAUUUACUUUCGCAUAUGAAUCGCUUGUUACGAAAUCCACAAUAGCAGCAGACCAUGCCGACGACGUGCCACCGGGGGCGUUAAUCUCGUUCAUUCAAAAAGGUCUGAUGUAUUUGCAGGUGAGGGUGUUGGCGAUGGCAGCUCAUAGACUGCCGAAUCAGACCACGCCUAUUUCAGAAUCACUUGCAGCCAGCAGCUGUGGUGAGGUCCUUGUCUUUAAGUCAAUUUUCAGACAAUGGAUUACAGGACAAGCAGUUGACAAUGAGAGCUCUAAUACAGAGUAUAGUCCAAAUCUGGUAGAGCAGACAGAGCGAGCAAAACGCAGCAGCAACUUGACAGCGCCGUUGCAAACCUCAGCCGAAGCGAUCUGGGGCGAGGACAUUGUCGUUCUUGCGGGGCACGAAGCUGAAGUAUUUUGUUGUUCGUGGCACCCGCAAGACGACCUGCUUGCGUCUGGUUCGGGGGAUUCGACUGUCAGGCUUUGGAGUAUUCAAGGUGAUACUUCUGCGGCUCAGCUUGCAAAAAUGCCCCCACAGUCCAAGGUCACAACAUUGGAGUGGUCGGCUGACGGAAGCUUGCUUGCAACUGGAUGCAUGGAUGGUAUUGCGCGUUUGUGGUCGCGAGAUGGUAAUUUACGACACUCGCUCGCGGCCCAUUCUGAGUCCAUCUUCUCCCUAAGAUUUGACGCCAUGGGGAAACGACUUCUCACUGGGUCCUAUGACAAGUGUGUCUCAGUCUGGGAUGUUCAAACAGGUACACUGAAGGGUCAAGUCGAGCAAAGAGAUGCUAUUGCUCAGGUGUUCUACGGCACAAAUUUGAAGCUCAUUCAGCCCAGGUUCUUGAUGUUGAUUGGAAGCAUGGUAUUGCGUGUGUCAUGUGUGUGUGUGUGUGUGUGUGUGUGUGUGUGCGUGUGUGUGCGUGUGUGGCACGUUCCUGCGUGCAUAGGGGGCCACCACGGUCGUGAUGUUUUUGCUUCAUGCUCCACUGAUCGUACAAUUGCUGUCUGUGCGCUUUCGGACCUGGGCGUUGAUCACGAACCCGCUAAAGCAACAACAACACCACUGCAAGUUCUUGUCGGUCACGCAGAUGAAGUAAAUGCAAUCAGGUGGGAUCCUUCUGGAAGUUUGCUCGCAUCGUGCUCUGAUGAUCAUAAUGUUUUCGUUUGGCAGCUUGGCCAGUCUCGACCAGUUUAUCGCUUUAGCGAUCACGUGGAGGAGAUAUACACGAUUCGAUGGUCACCCAUGGGAGCUUCAGAUUCAAACGCACCUUUUAGACUUGCAUCUGCAUCGUUCGAUGCAACUGUCCGUCUUUGGGACACCGAGAUAGGUGUCUGUGCAAAUACGCUUCGCAAUCACACCAAGAAAGUCUACACGAUUGCGUUUUCACCUGACGGCACCAUGCUCGCAUCUGGUUCGCUUGGAGGACAGCUUAACAUUUGGUCUGUUUCGACAGGUGACUUGAUUAGGACUUUUAACCACGGAUCUGCUGACAUCUUUGAAGUUGCCUGGAAUGCCAAAGGAAAUCGCCUCGCCGCCACAUCUACGAAUGCUGUCUCAUUGAUAGACAUUCAGAUGAUGUGAGAUCAUUAUAUACUCUUGAGUGUCGUUGCCAACUCGCACAGGAUUCGCCAGCUGGCUGCGGGCAGGACCCCAAAGACCAGAAU